AAUUUUUUCGUGUCACACUUUCGGAUAAAAUGGAUAAAAUCCAAGGAUAAAAUUCUAUUAUGAAAAUCUUUAUGAAAUAUAUGUAUAUAUAUAGACAAUAAAAUACAAAAGAAAGACAUAAAUGAAUUAAUGGAAUACUAAUUUCUUUGGAAAUUGUUUUUUAUUCAUCUAAAAAGACGCACUACGAAGAAUGCCGAGAUGUCGACCUCGGCAAUUAAUAUUCUCGACGUAAAGGGAAAAGUAUUAAUUUCAAGAAAUUAUCGUGGCGACAUUGAAUCAGGUUUAAUCGACAAAUUCAUGCCAUUGGUAUUGGAACGUGAGGAGGAGGGUAAUUUAACGCCAAUAAUACAAACCGACGAUUGCACAUAUUCCUAUAUAAAAUACAAUAAUCUCUAUAUUGUCUCAACCACAAAAAAAAAUGCCAACAUAUCAUUGGUAUUUGUAUUCCUACACAAAAUCGUUCAAGUAAUGAGUGAAUAUUUCAAGGAACUCGAGGAGGAAAGUAUACGCGAUAAUUUCAUCGUUAUCUACGAAUUAUUAGACGAAUUACUCGAUUUUGGUUAUCCACAAACGACAGACAGUAAAAUUCUCCAAGAAUACAUAACGCAAGAGGGUCAUAAAUUGGAGAUACAACCACGUAUUCCAAUGGCAGUGACAAACGCCGUCUCAUGGCGUUCAGAGGGCAUAAAAUAUCGUAAAAAUGAAGUAUUCCUCGAUGUUAUUGAAUCGGUGAAUUUAUUGGCGAACGCAAAUGGUAAUGUGUUGAGUUCGGAAAUUGUUGGCGCUAUUAAAAUGCGUGUGUACUUAUCGGGAAUGCCUGAAUUGAGGCUUGGAUUGAAUGAUAAGGUACUUUUUGAAUCGACCGGUAGGGGAAAAUCAAAGUCCGUUGAACUUGAGGACGUGAAAUUUCAUCAAUGCGUGCGUCUAUCGAGAUUUGAGAACGAUAGGACAAUAUCGUUUAUACCGCCUGAUGGUGAUUUUGAAUUAAUGUCCUAUCGUUUGAAUACACAUGUGAAGCCAUUGAUUUGGAUUGAAUCGUUAAUUGAGCGUCAUGCGCAUAGCCGCGUGGAAUAUAUGAUAAAGGCACGUUCACAAUUCAAGCGGCGAUCGACGGCUAAUAAUGUGGAAAUUGUCAUACCAGUGCCAAAUGAUGCUGAUUCGCCGAAAUUUAAGACAACAAUUGGUAAUGUUAAAUAUUCACCGGAGCAGAGUGCAAUAACGUGGUCUAUAAAAUCAUUUCCUGGUGGUAAGGAAUUUUUAAUGAGGGCACAUUUUGGUUUACCAUCGGUUGUUAGUGAGGAUGUUGAGGGUAAACCGCCGAUACAAGUGAAAUUUGAAAUACCAUAUUUUACGACCUCUGGUAUUCAGGUGAGAUAUUUGAAAAUUAUUGAGAAGAGCGGCUAUCAAGCGUUACCAUGGGUUCGUUAUAUUACACAAAAUGGUGACUAUCAAUUAAGGACUAAUUAGAAUUUAAUUAUCUUUUUGAUAAUAUUUAAUUAUCUUUUGAUAAUUUUAGGACCAGUUUCACCAAUAUCGAUUAAAAAUUAAUUAUUAAAUCCUCAAUCAACUAAUCAUGAACCGUUAAAAUGGCUUUAAUCAAUGAUUAACUUUUAAUUUAAGUCGAUGGAAUUAAUCCUUAAUUAUCAAAAAAUAAAAUAUUCCUAAUUAGAAAGAAUAUAUAUAUAUAUAUUAAAACUGACGACGACGACGACGAUUUUAACUUAAUAAGUAUUAAAAAAGUGGAUAUUUUUCUUGGCAAUUUAGUAACAAAAAAAAUUAUUUGUAACAAACAUUGUUUUAGGAAUAUGUCAAAAAUAAUUUAUUCAGUAUUACAAUUUUUUUCUAUUUCAAAA